AUGGCACCAACAUAUCACCAAGCUCAUUUGAAUCAUCAAAUCCCAAACCUUGAGAGCGCGUUCCAGAUAACCUGUUCUCCAGGUACUGACAUUUGGGACAAACCCCCUUGCACCCAUUCCUUCAAUGCACCCAUCAUAUAUCAAACCACCACGGUGGGCUCUUUCAGGCGUGCCCAGGUUACGGUAUGGGCCAACUGGAAGGACAAGUACGAUCAGGGUGGGCUCUGCCUUGUCGUCAAGACAGCCGACACUGUUCGCUGGGUCAAGACGGGGAUCGAGUUUUUGGACGGGGAGCCGAACGUGAGCACAGUCGCCAAAGACCACUGGUCGGACUGGAGUCUUAGACCAUUGGUCUCGGAGUCAAGCGAGGGUGCAACUGUUGAGAUGGAGAAUGCAGCUGACGGCAGUCUUUGGGUAUGGCUCGUGGACCCCAAUGCUCAGAAGUCGCCCUUGAGGGAGGUGACAUGGUGGGCAGAUCUCGCGAAGGAAACGGAAUGCUGGAUCGGUGCCUACGCCGCAAAGCCGGCACCGCAUGGCGAGAAGGAUGAUCUCGUGGUCCAAUUUGAUGAGUUGUCUAUCCAGACAAAGCAAUGA